AUGGCGCUGUGGGCCUUCUUCGGCGGCUCCCUUCUAGCGGCAUGCUUUGUGCAUCUUCACGGGCCAGGGAGAGAGGUCCGCAGGACAACUCUUCGAAGCGACAGCGUGGUCUCGCCCGACAGACCUCGGUUGCGCGAAUCCUGGAAGAACCGUGUCCAAAAGGCGGAGCGGCAGGAGUCGCUGCAGGAACACUUCCGGUCGGUGCAGCGCCGUAAGGCUACCACGGCCACCUGGCGCCACAUGGAUCCCGAGCCUUUCUGCCGUGCGCUGGAGUCCAUCGUCGAGGCCUCGAAUUUGGAGGCCUCCGAGGAGCUGAUUUCGGCGAAAUGCCACAAGCAGCUCCGAAAGCUGGCGAGGGGAAUGCGAAUCGGCUGGGAGUGGGAGCUCCUCAAUGCAACAGAGGACUUGGAUGCCGAAGCUCUGGCGAAGAUCGACUUCGAGGAAGUGAUCCGUCGAAUGCAGCGAGUGCAGAUCUUCGUGACCGGGAAAGUACAAGGUGUCUACUACAGAGACACCACGAAGCUCAUGGGUGACCGUUUGGGUCUCAGCGGCUCUGCUUGGAAUCUCAGCGAUGGGCGUGUGGAGAUCUUGGCAGAAGGGCCGACAGACAAGCUCAAAGAUCUCGUGGAGUGGUGUUGGAAAGGCCCCGAAGGCGCAGCGGAGGUGGGCAUCGAGAACUCACUCACCGCGAAGCGGAAGGUCACCGACGUCGCAGUGACGUGGGAGGAGCCGAAAGGCGGACUUCCUUCCCCGUUCAGCAACGCCGGCAAGAAGUGA